CAUUUAAUAUUGAAUAAAUAAAUACAAAAACUAUUAUACGAAAAAGAAGAUGUUUUAUAACAUAUUAUUACAUUUAAUACUAAUAUUCUACGUUUGGAAUUCGAAUAAUUUCGUAGAUGCCGAAAUCGAUCUGAAAGAUGAGUUCAUGGCUUGUGACUACGCUCGCUUCGAGAGUCAUUUAGAAGCCUUGAAAACAGGCAUUGAAAUGAUACAUUCACAGUUGAAAGUUUUGGAGAAUAAAGUCGACAAUAUCCCAAAGAACUUACAGAACACUGAAAUUAAAAUAUUGGCACGUACCAAAGAACAUGAAGAUGAAAUAAUAUAUAUAAAGGAAACACUGAAAGGCCACGAUGGUUUAUUAGAAGGUUUCACUGAAAAACUUAAGAAUGUGGAAAAUAAAUUACAAAUAACAGCAACUAAAUCGGAUCAGAAAGAACUGAGUCAAUACGUUCAAAGUUAUAUCAAUAAUAUUGAGGCUAACACAUUAAUGGCCUUGAACAAAGGCAAAGAUUUAGUUUGCACCACUUCUUCUUAUCCCACCAGUUGUGCUGAUUUCAAUACUAAUUAUUGUUCAAAUAACAAAUGUCGCAUAUUUAAUAAGAUUUAUGGACAAAAACCAUUUUAUGUAUCAUGUGAUAACCAGACCGAUGGUGGUGGGUGGACUGUCAUCCAAAGGCGUAUUAAUGGUUCUGUAGAUUUCUACCGCAAUUGGUCAGAAUAUAAGAUGGGCUUCGGUAAUAUUGAAGGUGAGUUCUUCAUCGGUCUCGAUAAGCUACAUGCCCUAACGACUGCGCUACAGCCAGUAGAACUAUUGAUACAACUACAAGAUUUCAAUAAUACUUUAACAUAUGCCAAAUAUGAUGAAUUCAUUGUCGAAGAUGAAUUGGAGAAUUAUAAAUUACUGAAAGUGGGUAAAUAUUCUGGCAAUGCUACUGACAAUUUAAGUCAACAUCAAGGUCACAUGUUCAUUACCAAAGAUCGUGACAAUGAUAUUAGUACAAAAGUAAACUGUGCUGAAGAUUAUAAAUCCGGCUGGUGGUUUAGGAAAUGUUUUUAUAGCAAUUUGAAUGGAAGAUAUUAUGGGAAAAUCGAAGCAGCUACAGCAAGUGAUGGUAUAUGUUGGAAUGUUAUUGGUGGUUGCAAAUAUUCUUUGAAAUUUGUACAAAUGAUGAUUAGACCUAAGAAAAUAUAAAUUUUUAGUUUAAAUAAAAAUAAUAAUUUCUCUGUUCGUA